GGCGGAGCCGGGCCGUGCCUGCCCAGUCCCGACGCACGGAAGUGCUGUGCAGUUCGCCCAAUUCCCUAGCCUGCUUUUCCUCCCUCCCUCUCCUCACCCUCACCUCCCCCCGCUUUCGGCUAUUCCCUCCUUCCUCGGGACGCCACCUCCCAGAAUCGCCUUUUUUUUGUUUUGUUUUGUUUUGGAGCUGGCUUCUCGCAGGCAGUGGAGAGGGGCUGCGAGUACAGGAGGAGAAGGCGGGCUGGGGGCGCAGCCCGCUGCCCACCGGCCGUGCCCGGUAGGGCAGAGCAGGAGGACGAACCGACAGACAGACGACCGCGCCAUCUGCUCCACCGAGCUUACUCUCCAAACUACUGUUGAGUGUGUGCUUGCGCGCCAGGGGCGAGGGGGUGGGGGUCUGGACGUCGCGCGCGCGCCGGGACUGGUUACCUUUGGACGGGUCCUUACAUCAGGGUCAGCUUCAGGCUGAGAAACUGCUGAGGAAUUAAGCAAACAGGAGUCCACGCAGCUAGUGGCCAGAAGUCGCUAGACAGGCUCGUCGCGCUCCCUCCUUCCCCGGAGUCGGGGCUGGCCUCUCGGGGGGCGGGGAGAGGGCACCUCGAGCCGGCCUGGGGCCUGCCUGCUGCGCCGCCGGGGUCGGGAGUUGGCGGCCUGUUGUGUAAGCCUCAGUCCUUGUUUUCCCGGCCUGGCUCGUUGUGAAGCCGGACACAUCCACCCUUGGACUCGAUUCAGGCGGCUGUGCUUUCUCCUUGCCCCUCUUGGAUUUUCUGGAUUUUUGAAAACCCGGUGGCCCAGGAGGAGGAGGAAGGAGGAAGGAGCCGAUCCGCGAAGGAAUGCGAGAGCCUCCCGAGGGCAGAGCAGCCAGAAGAAGCUGGGAGCCAGAGGGACGGCAGGGCCCUGCUUGGGUUUCAGGAACCGUGGUUUCCUAGUGAUUCUCUUCUAUUUCAGAACAUUAUUCCAGUGGAAAGUGUGGAACUCUUGCCCUGGAAGGGCUGGUUUCACUAAGUCACUUGGCUUUUCUUCUGGGAGUAGGAGGAGGGAGAGUCCUCCCGCACAUACCCCUCAGGGUCUGCUGAGGGCAGGAAGGAAGACUGUGGACAUGAGCCCUCCCUGCUCACGGUCCUGUGCCUGGAGACUGGAUAGGGCAGUUUCUGAGCCAUGGACAUUGCUCUGAAGAGAGGGAGGCUGGACAGCAUCCAUGGGUGCUGAGACCCUGCCUUAGGGGCUGAGGGACCAGGCUGCAGAGACAGGCUCCGAGCAGCUAGUGUAUUCUUGGACAGCUUAGUGAGCAUCUGGGGUUCUGGCAGCACCCUCUCCUUCCCAUCUCUACCACCCAGCUCACGAUGGCACUGAAAGGCCGAGCUCUCUAUGACUUCCGCAGCGAGAACAAGGAGGAAAUCAGCAUCCAGCAGGAUGAGGACCUGGUCAUCUUUAGUGAAACCUCGCUGGACGGCUGGCUGCAGGGCCAGAAUAGCCGCGGUGAGACCGGGCUCUUUCCCGCCUCUUAUGUGGAGAUCAUCCGUUCUGAUGCCAGCUCCAACCAUGCCUACUACUCCAUCAGCCCUGCAGCCUCUCUGGGCACCCAGGUGAGCUUGCACGACAGCCCCAGUGUGGCCAACUCAGCCAGUACCGCUGGGGGCAGUGGUUUCAUCUCUAACCAGGGCAGCUUUGAGGAGGAUGAUGAAGAUGACUGGGAUGACUGGGAUGACAGCUGCACAGUGGUGGAGGAACCGCCAGCUGGUGGGCUGGGCACCAAUGGGCACCCCCCACUCAACCUCUCCUACCCAGGUGCCUACCCCAGCCAGCACAUGGCUUUCCGGCCCAAGCCAACCCUAGAGCGGCAGGAUAGCCUGGCGUUAGCCAAGCGAGGCAGCAUGGUGGGGCGCAACCUCAACCGUUUCUCAUGCUUUGUGCGCUCUGGAGUGGAGGCCUUUAUCCUGGGUGAUGUGCCCAUGAUGACCAAGAUCAUUGAGACAUAUUCCAUUGAAAUGGGCCCUCGUGGCCCCCAGUGGAAGGCCAACCCCCACCCAUUUGCUUGCACCGUGGAGGAUCCCACCAAACAGACCAAAUUCAAGGGCAUCAAAAGCUACAUUUCCUACAAGGUUACACCCAGCCACGUUGGCUCACCUGUCUACCGGCGCUAUAAACACUUCGAUUGGCUCUACAACCGCCUGCUGCACAAGUUCACUGUCAUCUCAGUGCCCCACCUGCCUGAGAAGCAGGCCACAGGCCGUUUUGAGGAAGACUUCAUUGAGAAGCGGAAGCGGCGGCUUAUCCUCUGGAUGGACCACAUGACCAGCCACCCUGUGCUCUCUCAGUAUGAAGGCUUCCAGCAUUUCCUCAGCUGCCUGGAUAACAGGCAGUGGAAGAUGGGCAAACGCCGGGCGGAGAGGGACGAGAUGGUGGGUGCCAGCUUCUUGCUCACCUUCCAGAUUCCCACAGAGCACCAGGACCUGCAGGAUGUGGAGGACCGUGUGGACACCUUCAAGGCCUUCAGCAAGAAGAUGGAUGACAGCGUCCUGCAGCUCAGCACUGUGGCAUCAGAGCUGGUGCGUAAGCAUGUGGGGGGCUUCCGCAAGGAAUUCCAGAAGCUGGGCAGUGCCUUCCAGGCCAUCAGUCAUUCCUUCCAGAUGGACCCCCCCUUUGGCUCUGAGGCCCUCAACAAUGCCAUUUCUCACACGGGCCGCACCUACGAAGCUGUCGGUGAGAUGUUCGCUGAGCAGCCCAAGAACGACCUCUUCCAGAUGCUUGACAUGCUGUCUCUCUACCAGGGCCUGCUCUCCAACUUCCCGGACAUCAUCCACCUGCAGAAAGGUGCCUUCGCCAAGGUGAAGGAGAGCCAGCGCAUGAGCGACGAGGGCCGCAUGGUGCAGGAGGAAGCGGAUGGCAUUCGCAGGCGCUGCCGUGUGGUGGGCUUCGCCCUGCAGGCAGAGAUGAACCAUUUCCACCAGCGCCGUGAGCUCGACUUCAAGCACAUGAUGCAGAGCUACCUGCGUCAGCAGAUCCUCUUCUACCAGCGGGUAGGUCAGCAGCUGGAGAAGACGCUGCGCAUGUAUGACCACCUCUGACCACGUGCAGCUGGCCGCCACUGUGCCCCCAGGCCUGGUCGCUACAGCACGCCCUGCUCUCUAGACCUCUCUCUCUGCACUAGCAGUGCCUGGGGGCCAACAGUGGUGAGGUUAGCAGCCUGCCCCUCCUCCCUGAGAAGGGGCUUUGGAGGAGUCUUGGGCAUCCCUGGGGGAAGUCCCCCAUGCCUCAGAGAUGGGGCACAGCAGGGGUGGGAAUGGGGCCAGGAACCCUCCAGGCCAAGGCCUGACUACUGGUCAGUCACUCGAGGCCAGGCCAGGGUCUCAGCUUCCCCUAGAGCCCGUGGUGCCUCCUCACUCGGCUACCACCUUCUCAUCAAUUCAGCAGACACUGAGGGCUGCGUGUGCCAGGCCCUGGGUCUAUGCUGGACACACAGGGCUGCCACAUGCGUGCCUCUGCCCCCAAAGAAUCCUCAGUUGAGUAGGUCAGACAUGGAAACAGACAAAGGCAAGGCAGUACAACCGAUGGUUAAAUAAAGGGUUCCUGGAAACUCAAAGGAGCCCUGGUGGUGCAGUGGUUAAGAGCUCAGGCUGCUGCCCAACAUGUUGGCAGUUGGAAUCUACCAGCCACUCCUUGAAAACUCUAUGGGGCAGUUGUACUCUGUCCUGUAGGGUCCCUAUGAGUUGGAAUUGACUUGACAGCAACAGGUUUUGCGUUUGGAAGCUCAAAGAAGGGACUACUGCAUUCUGCCAGUCAGGAGAGACUCCACAGAGUAGGUGACAUUUUAGCAGUGUCUUGAGGAAUGACAAGGAGCCUGCCAGACAGAAAAUGGGGGGAAGGACUUUCGAGGGAGAAGAGCAGCAUGGGCAAUGGAUGGAGGCAUGAAAACGUCUCCUCUUUUCCCCCUGACCUUUCCCACUCAAGUUUGGUGCCCUCUUGGUGGCAAUUCUAGCCCAUGUGAUGGAGGGGAGGGAUCUUCCUUGUUCUCCACGUCCCUCCCUUGCUCCCCUGCCUCACCCUAAGUCCUCUCCAGGAGAGGCUGCAGGCCAACCCCCUCCUGCAGGCCUCUGACUCUCCUCCAUCUACUGAGCCCCAUCUUCCCUUGGCUAAGGGACCAUGCAGCAUCCAUCCCAGCCCUGGGCUCGAGGUGCUGAGAUGAGCCAUGGACCCCAGGGCCCUGAUGGCACCUUCCUGGAGGGGACCCUCAGAAGCUGUCUGAUAUUUGAGUUCACCAGCGAUAACUCCCCAUACUCCAGAGCAGACCCUGGACCUCAGGCUCUCAGGGGCCUCUGCCCCCAUACCAUCUUCCCUGACUCCUUCCUGUUGUAUAAUGGGAAACCAAAGGGAAAAAAGACAGGGCACAAGGCCUGCCUGCCCACCCUCCCCAGAGCUUCUGGGCCCACCUGCUCAUGGCCAGCCUCCCUGUGACACGAACCCUUGCUCCUGGGUCAGGCUGUGCUGUUCUCCGACCUAUGUUUACAUCCUCAGGGGGCUGCUGCCUCCUCUACCCUCAGACCAGGCUGUGAUCAGCAGUGGGAUAGGGGGAGCUGGCCCCCCAGAAGUUUGUGGCCUGCCCUUGGCUGCUGCUGCUUGAAUCUUUUUUCUUUCUUUUUUCUUGAUAAACCUUUUACAAUUAAAAUAACAAAAGCGUGCCUUCUUCUCUGUAGAUUCUGGAGGGGAUGAGGGUGUGGGGAAGGAUAGAACCCAGGGGACCAGAUUCUGAGGUGAGGUUUGGCACAAAAUUUACCUCAAAAGUUGGAGGAGGCCUGUGCUGGUGGGAGGUGUUGGGCUGGGGAACUGAAGGUGGUAGAGGUCCUGGCUGGAUGCCAGACCUCCCUCUUCUCUCUAAAAUGGGUAGAGUCCUGCCCAGCGCCUUGGCUGUGAUCUAGGCCACUUAUAGAAGGGAUGGGACAUUGUGCCCCUAGACAGUCUAAUGGAUGAGUGGUUCCUGUCUCUAGGGAAGCAAGUCCUGGCCUUGCCCAGGAAAGUCCCUGUCCAAGGAGGAGACAGGGAAGGAUAGAAACUGUGUCCCUGUGCAAGCAGUCCUGGGUGCCUAGCCCUGUAGUGGCUCCCAUGUUGGGGAGACUGAGGAGAACCCCCCAGUUGUGCCCUUGGUGGUGCCCCAGGCUGGAUAAUCAGGAGUUCAUACAUAGGAGAAAAAUGACAUCGUUAACACUAUGGUUCUCCUGCAGGGCCAAUGGGGAUCUGGUGGAGGGAGGGCAUCAAGGGUCAAGGCAGUCAGAGAGGGCUUUGGGCAGGCCGGAGGCACAGGGAGCUCAUGGGGGUGAGCUGGGGUAAGGGUCAGCAGGUGCCAGGGGAAAGGGGCGGGCAAGUCUCCACGUUCAGGGCAGAGUGUCCUCAGAGGAACUUCUGGAAUGGGUGUCCUUGGCCCUGGGUCAAAAUUAGGUCAGAUUUGGGACUUUCUGGGGAAUUUUUCCCUCCCACCUCCCUCCCAUUUUUUUCUUCAUUUUUCCAGCCCUUACAAGGAACUUCCUGCGCUUAACCUCUUCUUGGCUUUGGCCCCAACGUGGCCUUCUGCAGAGGGGGCUCUGACCUCAGGGGUGAGGUCCCCUCCUGAGGCCAAUCUGGGUAGAGGUGGUGGGAGUGUUCUUCCUAACCACAGUGCUUGGCAGUCCCCGCAUUGGUGCUUCCUGCCCUGGGAUAAGGGUUGCCUCUUUGUGUCCCUUCCUUCAGAGGGCCCCCCCUUCCUUCAGUGGGGGCCCCUCCCACACUUCCCAUCCUCAGGGUGGGGGAGUCAGUCUGAGUGUAUUCUCAGGAGGGCUUUAGACCUAGGAGGAGAAUCAGAAAGUGGAGUCUCAGAAUGAGCCAGGCCCGCUCCAGUCCCCCUGAGGUCUCCAGGCUGGGACGUUUUGUGUGUGUGUAUGUGUGUGUGUGGUGGGAAGUGAGGAUGUCAAGGCUUCCCUCUCUGGUUUCUACCUCUGUGUGGGUUGGGGUGUUGGAGAGAUUUGGCAUCAAGCUGAGCUGACCAGGUCCCCUCUCAGCAGGGGGGCGGGGCUCUGGUGGGCAGGGGCGGGGGGCAUCCUGUUGGUGGCAGGGCCUGCUGGCUGGCCUCAGUCACAUGCCAGGCAGAUGUUCUGGCCAGAGCUGGGCCCAGCUGUCUCCAGUUCCCUCCCUCACUUUGCUCUGAGUGGGGUAGAAAACAAGGCCUCUCUUUCUACCCUGGGCAGUUACCAGGACCUGAGGGUGGGGGUGGGGGAUCCCUGAUCCCCAAUCUUGUCCAUCCCAGGAAAGGGAGCCUGCUUUGUCUUACACAGUCACAUGUGGGGGGUGGGGGUGGAGCCAAACCUCAGAUCCUGCAUCCUGUCCUGUAGGGGACGUAGGAUGGUUGUGAGCCACUAUGCCAUGGCUGGCCCCAGCCCCAGCCCAGCACUGCCCCCUCCAUCCCGUCACACAACCACACAAUCACCCACAUGGCCUCAUAUUCCCAGAGGCAGCCACUCGGAGCCUCAGACAGCCAGCCUCAAGCAGACACACCACACAGAGGCACACGGGCUGCACCUGGCACCCGGCCAGGUGUGCACAUGCACAGUCCUUUGCUCACUCUGUUGCACUCCCAGCCACACACUCUGCCCAGGCACACGUGCAUCGUCGUUGGCUCACAGCAUCAGAGUUGCAGCCACAUGGUCACCCACAGCCAUACCCCUCACACAGUCCCACACACCAACUGUGGGGCACAGACCGCAGGGGUAAGGUUUCUUCACCACAAAGUCACACAAGCACAUAAUGCAUGCAUCACACAAAGGUGUCUGGGUGACCUCCUGGUCCCCCAGCUCCGAAGCCCAGCUCAUCAGAAGUUUUGGAGGAGAGCUUUGAGGGACAAGCAACCCCAGGAGGACUGUCUCUGAGGCAGAGUAGAACAAGUCACAAGCACCACAUCCAGGUAGAUGCCCCAAGAGGUCUGGGGGUGCAGUCAGUGCUUGGUGGGGCGGUCCGUGGCGGGGGGGAGGUGGGGAACUGGGAUGAUCUGACAGCACCUAGUUCAACUCAUUCCACAGACAUGGGACCAGGGCUAGUGAGGAGUGGUAGCUCUCCAGAGGCACUCAGCAGGUUGGGAGGUACUCUAGGUCAGAGUCCAGUUCCCGGCAGGCUCUGUGGCCUGGGCCGUACUGUGAAGGCCCCUGGCUGAACCCACCCAACCAAGCUCCAGGCAUCUUCCAUCUCGAGCCAGAGCUGAGGCUGCAGCGUCCACUAGAGCAGGAGCCAGGAUGCGGUGGGCAGGGCCCAAGCCCAGGCAGGAGCAACAUUCCUGCACCAUCUCCUCCCCAAGCAUGUGAGGACUGAGCCCGUCCUGCCCACUCACCCGCCCCGCCCCGCUGACUCAGGCCUCCAGGAGCCAAGCCUGCUUAGCUCCCCCACCCACCCCAACCUGCUUCCUCACCAGCUUGGCCCUGGCACCUCUCUGCACUGCCUGGGCUAGAGGAGACGGUGAGUCCUAACAAGAAGACCAUGGAGAGAAAUCAAAAUCCACCUCCCCUAGACAGCUUAGAGGGCCGAUUGUGAAAUUUAGCUCCAGGGUUCAACAUAGUUUAACAGAAACCUUUUCCUUUUAGUUCUGUUUUGUUAGUCAAGUCCCAGCACAGUCCUGUCUGUUUAGGAGGCAGUGCCUCACAGAAUUGUGGCCCCCUCAGGCCUCACCGCAGCCCUAGUGGACAUCAUGGUUGCAUUUCGCAGACUCAGAGACCGAGAGUUACCCAGGGAGAGGCUGGGACCUGCCUAUGAUUACGCAGCAAGGCCAUGGCGAGGCUGGACUCAAACCCAGCUCUCUGGCUCCAUUCCUUGUUGUUAUCAUUGUUAGGUGCCUUCGAGUUGGUUCCAACUCAUAGCAACCCUGUGUACAACAGAAUGAAACACUGCCCGGUCCUGUGCCAUCCUCACAAUCCUUGCUCUGUUUGAGCCCAUUGUUUCAGCUUGUUGGAGCCACUGUGUCAAUCCAUCUUGUUGAGGGACUUCUUCUUUUUCACUGACCCUCUACUUCUCCAAGCAUGAUGUCCUGCUCCAGGGACUGGUCCCUCCUGACAACAUGUCCAAAGCACGUAAAAUGAAGUCUCACCAUCCUCCCUCCUAAGGAACAUUCUGGCCGUACUUCUUCCAAGGCAGAUUUGUUUGUUCUUCUGGCGGUCCAGGGUAUAUUCGAUAUUCUUUGCCAACACCAUAAUUCAAAUGCAUCAAUUCUUCUUCAGUCUUCCUUACUCAUUGUCCAGCUUUCACGUGCAUACGAAGCAAUUAAAAAUACCAUGGCUUGGGUCAGGUGCACUUUAGUCCUCAAGGUGACAUCUUUGCUUUUUAACACUUUAAAAAGGUCUUUUGCAGCACAUUUGCUCAUGCAAUAUGUCAUUUGAUUUCUUGACUGCUGUGUCCAUGGGUGUUGACUGUGAAUCCAAGUAAAACGAAAUCCCUGACAACUUCAGUCUUUUCUCCAUUUAUCAUGAUGUUGCUUAUUGGUCCAGUUGUGAGGAUUUUUGUUUUCUUUAUGUUGAGGUGUAAUCCAUACUGAAGGCUGUCGUCUUUGAUCUUCAUCAGUAAGUGCUUCAUGCCCUCCUCACUUUCAGCAAGCAAGGUUGUGUCAUCUGCAUAUGGCAGGUGUUAAUGAGUCUUCCUUCAAUCCUGAUGCCACGCUGUUCAUCAUAUUUUUCUUGGAUUAUUUGCUCAGGAUACAGAUUGAAUAAGUAUAGUGAAAGGAUACAACCCUGAUGCACACCUUUCCUGAUUUUAAACCAUGAAGUAUUCCCUUGUUCUGUUCAAAUGACUGCCUCUUAGUCUAUGUACAGGUUCUUCAUAAGCACAAUGAAAUGUUCUAGAAUUCCCAUUCUUCAAAAUGUUACCCAUGACUUGUUAUGAUCCACUCAGUCAAAUGCCUUUGCAUAAACAAUAAAACACAGGUAAACAUCUGUCAUGGAUUGAACUGUGUCCCCCCAAAAUCUGUGCCAACUUGGUUAGGCCAUGAUUUCCAGUACUGGGUGGUUGCCCUCCAUUUUGUGAUUGAUAUAAUUUUCCUGUAUGUUGUAAAUUCUAAUCUCUGCCUGUAGUUAAUGAGGCAAGAUUGGAUUAUGUUGAAGAGGAUUAGGGUGGGAUGUAACACCCUUGCUCAGAUCACAUCCAUGAUCCAAUUUAAAGGGAGUUUCCCUGGGGUGUGGCCUGCACCACCUUUUAUCUUACAAGAGAUAAAAGGAAAGGGAAGUGAGCAGAGAUGGGGGGGACUUUAUACCACCAAGAAAGCAGCACCGGAAGCAGAGCGCAUUCUCCUGUGCCUAAGAAGAUCCUUGACCAGGGGAAGAUUGAUGACAAGGACUUUCCGCCAGAACGGACAGAGAUAGAAAGCCUUCCCCUGAAGCUACUGUCCUGAUUUUGGCAUGUAGCCAACUAGACUGUGAGAGAAUAAAUUUCUCUUUGUUAAAGCCAUCUACUGGUGUUAUUUCUGUUAUAGCAGCACUAGAUGACUAAGACAACAUCUUUCUGGUAUUUUCUGCUUUCAGCCAAGAUCUAACUGUUGGCUCCAUUCCUUAGAAUCACAUUAACUCAUUUAGGCCCAAGGGGACAGGAGGCGGCAGAUCUCUGCUCUAAACCAAAACCAAACCCAUUCCUGUCAAGUCGAUUCUGACUCAUAGUGAGCCUAUACACCAGAGUAGAACUGUUCCAUAGGGUUUCCAAGGAGCAGCUGGCAGAUUUGAACUGCCUACCCUUUGGCUAGCAGUCAUAGCUCUUAACCACUGCACCACUAGGGCUGUCAAAGAAUUUGAGGAUGGCAAACCAAUGAGCUGAAAUGUGAGGGGGUUUGAGAGUGGGGGAGUCCCACCAGUCCCCCAGGAAUGCUGGUGACAGCAUUGCAUGGUGACAUCUGCAGGACUCAGGGUCUCCAUUCACAAAUAAACAUGUGUAAGGAAUAUAAAUUCAUUUUCCUGUAAACCCGAUUCCAACACAUAGUGACCCUGUAGGACAGAGUAGAACUGCCCCAUAAGGUUUCCAAGGCUAUAAAUCUUUACAGAAGCAGACUGCCACAUCAUUCUCCUACAGAGCGGCUGGUGAGUUCAAACCACCGACCUUUCGGUUAGCAGCCGACCAUUUCACCACUUCGCCACCGAGGCUCCCAUUUUCCUAUAACUGCCUCGAAUUUCUCUUUUGCUCCCUCGCUCCUCCACAUGGUAGAAAAUAAUCUCAAAUAAAUUUGGGGACCUCUCCUUUCCCUGUCACUACAGGUCUGAAUUGACUUGACAGCAAUGGGUUUGGCUUUUUUCUGGUGGGGGGUGUUUCUUUCCCUGGGGAUGCACGUAAGUCUUGGGGAUGGCACAUUUGAAGACCUUAGGCUCCCCUCUGGCACUGUGAAUUUUAGAGGCUGAACCCCACACCUCAUCAAACAUAUUAAAAUUUGCCUGCAUUCUGCAUUAAAGGUAAUUCAUACAUAACUAUUUGAUUUGAGUUCAGUUGACCAUUUGACAAUGUCUCUUGUAGGUAUAAUUUGAUUAAACUUUAAUUUUGCCUUUUCCUUUUAGUAUGUUGGUGCUGCUACGUUUCUUUUUUCCUGGGUGCAAGCAUUGUUGUGGGCCCUUGCGGAGCCCCUGGUCCUUGGCACUGGGCCCCUGAUGCCCAUCAUGGUCCUGGGUCAGCAUUGAGCCCUCUGGUCACUGUCCCCUCACCCCUUGGCCCCUGCCU